AUGUUCUCCCACCCAGCCGUCGCUCUCGCUCCCAUCCCGCCGUAUCCUCUCCCUCACUACCCGCCUUCACCUCUCCUAUUCACCUCACAUUCACUCAGUCCCACACCGCGAUCUCCUCUUCCUUACUUCCCCGUCGUCGCCUCUCCCUCCUCCCCGUCGUUGCCUCUCCCUCCUCCCCGUCGUCGCCUCUCCCUCCUCCCCGUCGUCGCCUCUCCCUCCUCCCCGUCGUCGCAUCUCCCUCCUCCCCGUCGUCGCCUCUCCCUCCUCCCCGCCGUCGCCUCUCCCUCCUCCCCGCCAUCGCCUCUCCCUCCUCCCCGCCGUCGCCUCUCCCUCCUCCCUGCCGUCGCCUCUCCCUCCUCCCCGCCGUCGCCUCUCCAUCCUCCCCGCCGUCGCCUCUCCCUCCUCCCCGCCGUCGCCUCUCCCUCCUUCCCGCCAUCGCCUCUCCCUCCUCCUCCUCGUCGCCUCUCCCGCCGUCGCCUCUCCCUCCUCCCCGCCGUCGCCUCUCCCUCCUCCCCGCCGUCGCCUCUCCCUCCUCCCCGCUGUCGCCUCUCCAUCCUCCCCGCCGUCGCCUCUCCCUCCUCCCCGCCGUCGCCUCUCCCUCCUUCCCGCCGUCGCCUCUCCCUCCUCCCCGUCGUCGCCUCUCCCUCCUCCCCGCCGUCGCCUCUCCCUCCUCCCUGCCGUCGCCUCUCCCUCCUCCCCGUCGUCGCCUCUCCCUCCUCCCCGCCGUCGCCUCUCCCUCCUCCCUGCCGUCGCCGCUCCAUCCUCCCCGCCGUCGCCGCUCCUUCCUCCCCGCCGUCGCCUCUCCCUCCUCCCCGCCGUCCCCUCUCCCUCCACGCGGUUGCCUCUCCCUCCUCCCCAUCGUCGCCGCUCCCUCCUCCCCGCCGUCGCCUCUCCCUCCUCCCCGCCGUCGCCUCUUCCUCCUCCCCGCCGUCGCCUCCGGCGACAGGUGCACGAGCGCAAGCGUGA